UCGACUGGGCUCUAAAAGAGUAUUGUGCAAACCUUUCCACCCUCGACGCCAGAGAUAGAGAGAGAGAGAGAGAGAGAGCGAGAGAGCGAGCGGAAGAUCAUCUCGAAGGGAGAAGUUCCUUGAGGCGUCCCAGGGAUGUUAGGCUGCCGCUGCUACUGUUACUUUUUCUUCUGGAUGAGUUCCUGCCUGGGGGCGUCGCUGGCGACUUCAGAUCAGGGAACAGAUGUUAUUGAAAGUUGUUUUCUGUACCCUGUCAAUGACGGGACGAGCAGCCCUUAUUACGACAUCUCGGGCGAAGGAGACCAUUUCGUGACGGUCAACCACAUCUUCAGCGAAACCAACGUCGUCCGGUUCGUCGACGAAGGGGGCAGCUGUGUUGUAGGCUUGACGCUGAACACUUCGGAGUGCAACGAAACGUUGCCAUCAGAUGGCGAAUAUACAACGGUCGUCUACCGACGCCUAAACAACACUUUGAAGGCGUAUAAGACGAACUCUCUUGUGGAUGUCGUUGAUUUAUCUCCAGACAUCCAGAAGCUGAGAAUCACAAGCAACAAGAUGGUCAACGUUGCCUUCGACUGUCCGGGAAAUUGUUAUACCUUUGAAAAGGCGACGAUUCACAUCAACUACACCCAAGUCACCGGCUCCUCUUCUUUCAAGAUGUUCGGGAGGAAGAAGCCUUCGCCGGAUGAGAAGCAUCUCCUAGCAGCUGAGGUGGUGUACGGAGUUUAUAAGAGCGCCUCUAAGAGUGUGAAGUUCAGUAAACUUAACCUUGAAGUGGCUAGUCAGGAGUGGUUCCCGUUGGAAUUUCAUGUUUCCUUUACAAAGCAACAAACCGUGACGCAUGAUUCUUAUCGUAUGGAACUGAAUGUCAAGAAUCCUUGGAGCUGGAGACAGGAUAACCACAAUCUAACUUUAUCAACGAAGGAUCUCUACCUGAAUUUCAGUCAGUCAGUCAACGUCUUGUGGGCCAUUCCCUGUAUACCUCCAACCUAGAGAUUGGCCAGGCACAGCAACGCCAAUCAGAUAUUAUAAUGGCCCUUGGGUGCGCAUGCGCAGUCCUCGCUGUCAUGUUGAUAACAGUCGCCCUCUGCCUGUAUAGACAUCGCACCUUUUCCCCUGCUGCGAGUGCAUCUGGCGUUUUACUCCCACCCCCGCCGCCGCCGCCAGAAGAUGCUGCAGCUGUUCCAACUCCCCCCAAUUCUGUUGGCGAUUCCAGUGUGGGCGGGACGGUAGAGACGGACAGGACAAGUCUCAUGGAGCACCAGUACGAUUACAUCGACCUCACUGUCCUUCGUGAACGAUUGGCUGAGGAGGAAGCGAAGUCGAGGGGAGACACGGCUGAACAGCGUGGACCAUCCGAGGGGAGAAAGAGUCACACGACCAUCAACAGUGUCUAUGGUUUAGUUGGUGCAAAUGAAACCGUUGGCUAAAUCAGUAAUGGUAACGAGACUGUGAAUCAUGCCAAUGCCUUAUGGCAGUCGGCAAUUUCAGUGACGAGGUAGGUAGGUUGCUUACCUAUCUUGCCCUCGAGUUAUGUUAACACGGGUCCAUGCCCUAAGUGGAGGUGAUGAAGUGGGUAAGUGGUCUCUGAGUGGGCCUCUGCAGAUGAUGCCCAUCCAAUAUAGUAGGAGUCAGGGACAAAGCCGUUGAUGAGAGCUAUUCUUGGCAGUGCAGAAAAUCAAUUGAAUGACAAAGAUGAGAGAGAGAAAGAGGCAACUUUUCGUAAACGAGUGAAUGCAAAAUCACCUUGUACUAAUAUGAAUAGAGUCCUAGUGGCUGUUUGAGUAAUGAAAACGUUGACAAAACAUGCUAGAGAAACAGUGGCGUA